UUAAAGGAGGCCAGAAGAGGGUGCCCGCAACGGUAAAUUCGGAUCAAUAGAGAAACAGCUACAUGUGAAACACAGACAAAGCUCCCGGACAUUAUUUCAGUAGAGUGAGAAAAUGGAUGACUUCUCAGCCAGCUCAUGAAGAGUUUUCCCCUACUGAAAGAGAUGGCGUAGAUCAAAGCACUCUAACAGCCAGAGGAGCUGCCAUGGACAUCCUGGCUGGAAUAGAGCUCCCCCCAGUGAAAGACUUUGACCGAAAAGUGGAGGUCAGAGCAGAGAAACGCGAACACCUGCGAGGACGUAACAACGCGACUUCAUGUCGCAGCCCUACGAGAGAGUUAGACACAAGACUGAUCAAAAAUGAACUGAAAAAAAAGAGGCAGCUGGAAUUUCUGAGGAGGAGAUCAGUGAGCCCAGAGCUGUGUGGUCCGUCUUCAAGGAUAAAACCUUCACCGAGGACAUUCUCAGUGACACAUCACAGUUCAAGCAGCAAGUUACAGACAUUUCAUUCAAAUAUCCAAACUACUCCCACCGCUAAUGGACAUCCAAAGAUGAUUUUAACACCAGACAGCGGUGAAAUAGAUGGUCCCAGCAGCAGCACAUGGGCUUCAUUAUGGCCAGAGCAGGUAACACUGAUGAGGCAAGAGAAAGGCCAUUCAAGGAAGCAAGCGUCUACCUCCACAACAGUGACAAUGGAGUCAAAGCAACACAGGACGAAUAGAGAGAAAAGUAUUAAUGCUCAAAAGACAAACAUCAAAACAUUGAUCCGAACAGAAAAUAUUCAGCAGAAAUCCUCCCACCAAACUGAAAAUAUUCUCCAAAAAAAGACAUUUCGGGAGGCCGGUGUGCAGACAGAGUCUGGCCUCGUCACCGUCAAAGAAUCAGAUGUCAAGCGGUUAGCUGACUACCUGCAGGAGGCUCUGUGGCGAGAGGAGGCCAUGAAGAAGAAGCUGGCGGCCCUCCAGGAGAGCACGUCAAACCUUCUCAACUCCACAAACAUAGUGUGGACGGCUCGCUGCAGUGAAGACCUGCUGAGAAACAAGAUCAAGGUUCUAGAGUCGCAGCUGCAAGUCUGCCUUCAGAAGUUUCCAAAAGAUGGAGUGAAGAAACUAGUGGUACAGAUGGAGAAGCAGAAGCUGAUAUAUGAAGAGAAAGCCCUGGUGGCCCUGCAGAAGGCCACACAGGAGAAAACUGAGGCUGUCAGCAAGGCCGAGACACUGCAGGGAUCGCUAAUUACAGCCAAGGCAGAGGCACUGAGGUGGCAGAGCCUGUAUGAAGAGCUGAAGCUGAGCUCUGGACAACUCAGGGAGAACCAGCACCUCAGUAAUGAGCAGCUGCAACAGCUGCACAGCCAAGUGGAGCUAUCCAGAGCCAGAGAGGCCGAGCUGAGGGAGGAAGUGGGGUUGUUACGACAAGAGAAGAAGGACCUACAGUACAACAUUCGCCUGCUAGAAGAAGAUAACCAGGUUUUAAGAGAGGAAAGCGAGCAGCUUAGAGAUGGCGACAAUGAGAGCCAGGACUUCAUGAUGCAGGACUGUCUGACGUCAGAGGAAGCAGAGUCACAGCUGACGCCGAGGAGAGACACUCAGGCGGAGGAGCAGCUCCGUUACACUGAGGAGAAACUCCGGCUCAAGGAGAGAGAGUGUGAGGAGCUGCAGACAGAGCUGCAUGCCAUGGAGCAGGAGUGUCAAUCCAGCCAGGCCCGGCUGUCGCAGUGCAGGGACGAACUCCGGCAACUCAGCCACAGACGCAGGAAACCGACUCCAUCUGGCUCCUGGUGGAGGGUGUUUACGUUCUUCCUUCUCCUCCUCGCUGUGGCGGGGGUUGCCAUGUUGUGGCUGUGGCAUCCUCCUUUCAGGGAGCAAGUUGAAGACCUCUACUCAGACAUAGAGACACGCAUAGAAGACUAUCUCUUGGAAAUGGCCUCUCCUCAACACUCAGGCUGUUUUAGACCAAUAUGAUAAUGUCAUUGCUCGGGAAUGUAAUUAUAAUUAUUUAGUUGUUGUUGUUGUCGCUGUUGUUUUAAAAUAAGACUUGUAUUGACUGCAUAUGUUUGCAUUUCAUAUUUUAUAAAGUGUGUGGGAUGUGUCGACAUGUGGAGGAUGUGCUCUACAUGUGUGCACAAAGUUGAAAUACACAUGCAGUGUGAAAAAUGUGUUUUUAAGAAACUGUGAGUCAAUAAUAUCAACAGAAUAGUUAGGAGUAGAAAAAUAUCCUUUGUACUGUAAACAGUAUUUUUAGUCAACAACACCACUUUGAAUAUUAAAAAAUAUAUAUAUAUAUUUAACAUCCAAGUAAUCCUUUCAACUCCUGUGGGAAGGAAUUACAUCAGUACUAUGGGGAACUGGAGAGUUGUAGAUUCACUGUUGCUUUAAAAAGAGAGAGUGAGCACAAUAAAAGAGCUGUUUAGUGUUUUAUAUUA